AUGAAGCUCAGUCUCGCCUUUGCCUUGGCCACUGCUGCCGUUUCGACCGUCUCGUCUGCCAUCUGCAAGGGCCUCGCACCCCCGUCGUACACGGACGCCGUGAAAACCAACCCGCAGUUUGCGCCGGCCAUCAACACGAUGAAGCAGUACCCGGUCGCCAACUGGUAUGUCGACUGCGGCAGUGACUCGAUCAAUGAGCUCAUGGCCGCGUGCCCCAAUGACACGCCUGUCAUCAUCAUCUACGGUCUGCCCCAGAAGGACUGCGCGUCGAGCUCGAGCAACGGCAAGAACACCAACGCCGACCAGUACAAGGCGUGGAUCAAGUCUUUGGCCGACCGAGUCGGCGGCCGCAAGGUCAUCUACAUUUUGGAGCCGGACGCCAUUGGCCUCCUCUCGACUGGCGAUGGCGACAAGUGCGCUGAAAAGUACGGCUACCAAGCCAAUCUCGCCGCGGCCGUGAGCAUUCUCUCGGCCAACAGCAACGCGCAGAUUUACGCCGACAUCGCGGGCUGGGCCUUCCAGGGGCCUGCGAUCGAGGCCCUCAAGAAAAUCGGCAAGCUCUCGGGUGUCUCAAUCAACACGGCCAACUACAAGAGCACGACCCAGAUGGUCCAAGCCUGCCAGUCGUACUCGAGCCAGACCGGCGGUCUCCACUGCAUCAUUGACACGUCGCGCAACUUUAACGGGUCGCCGCAGAACGAGUGGUGCAACGCGCGGUCGGCCGGGAUUGGCGCGCCGCCGACGGACCAUACGGGCAACCCGCUCGUCGACUACUUUCUGUGGCUCAAGGUCCCCGGCGAGUCGGACGGGCAGUGCGUGGGCCAGUCGAGCGACUCGAGCGCCGGUCCCGACGCCGGUCUCUUCUUUCCCGACGGCUUCCAGCGUCUCUGGAACCAGGGCUACUUUGUGUCGGGAGGUGCAGCCAAGAUCGGCCAAGAUCCCGGUCCGGCCCCGGCCCCGGCACCUUCUAGCAGCCAGUGCAUGAUUCAGACUAACACCGACUACUACGGCAACGACCUCACUCGGUAUCCCGUGAGUGGCGACGCGAACGGCCAAGCGAGCGACUGUUGCGACAAGUGCUCGGCAACGAGCGGCUGUGCCGGUUUUACGGUCAACGGCGGCUUCUGCUACCUCAAGAGCAAGCUUGAAAACAAGAGCUGGAGCGGGACGGCCAUCUCGGGCAGCCGCGCGAGCGGGUCGUGCGGUGCGACCGAGGUCAACACUGACUACUAUGGCAACGACCUUACCCGGCACCCUGUGAGUGGUGACGCGAACGGCCAGGUGAGCAUUUGCUGCGACAAGUGCUCGGCAACGAGCGGCUGUGCCGGCUUCACGAUCAACGGCGGCUUCUGCUACCUCAAGAGCAAGCUCGAAAACAAGAACUGGAGCUCGACGGCUGUCUCGGGCAGCCGGUCCAGUGGAUCGUGCGGCGCGGCGCAGGCCAACACCGACUACUACGGCAACGACCUCACCCGGCACCCGGUGAGUGGUGACGCCAACUUCCAAGCCAGCUAUUGUUGCGACAAGUGCUCGGCAACGAACGGCUGCGCCGGAUACACGAUCAACGGCGGCUUUUGCUACCUCAAGAGCAAGCUUGAAAACAAGAACUGGAGCUCGACGGCCGUUUCGGGCAGCCGGGCCAGUGGAUCGUGCGGCACGACCGAGGCCAACACCGACUACUACGGCAACGACCUCACCCGGCACCCGGUGAGUGGUGAUGUCAACAACCAAGCCCGAUUUUGCUGCGAUAAGUGCUCGGCAACGGGUGGAUGUGCCGGCUUCACGAUCAACGACGGCUUUUGCUACCUCAAGAGCAAACUUGAAAACAAGAUCUGGAGUGCGACAGCCGUCUCGGGCAGCCGGUCGUCUUCGCGUUUACGCCGUGCUUAAUGCCGCUGGACGCCGCUGUAGCGGCCGAUGCCAUGACAUUGAGUCGAUAAUACCUUCAAGCUGCAUAAUCCAUCAACGUUUUGGCUAA